GCUGUUCCAGGAAGUGAGCUUGGAGUCCGUGAAAGCAGACUUCAACCCAAGAAAUUGAAUAAGAUUACAAUUUUCACUCCUUUCAAUAAAACAAGAAUUUUGGGAUCUAUGGAAACUAUUGUGGCACCCCUGGUUUAUUUCCUCCUGGCACUUUCUUUUAAAAUGGCACACACGGACAACCAGAAUGUAACCUUCACAACUCCUCCAAACCUUGGCUUAAACCUGACAGAAUUCACUGUAGCAUCAACUUCACUUAACUCUACUGUAACUCCAACUACUCUCUUAAACUCAACCAAGGACACAGCCGAAUAUACCAGCACAAAGCAUGGCAAUAAUACCUUCUCUACUACAGUGGCUGCAACUGAAAACACAAGUCAACAUCAAACCUCUCAGUCAGCUACCUUGACUUCACCAACAGGCAAUGGAUCACUAAACACCACUACACCAACCGUACAAUCGCCUACACUUACAAUAACCACACAAACCAUCCAUACCAUGGAUACUACAUUUGAUGCAACACUAGGUUCAACUGUAAACUCACCUCACAGCAUGACUACUUCUACAGUUUCAGUGAAUGCUACAGAAGGUUUGAGACUUAACAUAUCAGAGAGAAAUAUGACAAUAAUCUUCAGUGGCAUGCUUGGGCUCUUUGCUUUGACAAUAGUUAUGAUCAUGUUUUACAAAUGCAAACACAAAUUCCAGUACUUGCAUCAACCUCUUGACACCACAGAUGGCACAGAUGGAUUUGUGCUCGAUGAUGACAACCUUGUUAUUUCUGGAGGACUUUAUGAUGCCCAUCCAAUCUACGACAAUGUACCACCCACUUCUGCAGAACCGUCAUGAUUUCGCCUUGAAUUCCUUCAUUAAAGAGAGACCUCUAUGCUAAGUCACAGUGAUAACUUAAAAUGGACAUGGAC